AGCGGUUGUGGGCGGAGCUCCAGUGACUUGCCGUUAAUCCAGCAGGAUUGUGUUUGAAGGUUUGAAGUCAGCGGAGCGGAGAGAAAGAGGAGAAAGAGAGGAAUGACGGAGUUUCACCGCUUUAACUACAGAAACACGGACUUUACACGAUGCUAGUGCACACACGGACGCACUAAAAGGAUAAAAUAGAAGUUGUUUAACAUGAGAAAGUAACUUUAGAGGUGAGUUUUCGUGGGGAGACGCAGAGGUUGUUGACGGGGCUCAACAUGGAUGUCCGUCCGGAGAGCAGCGGAGCGGCUCUGAGGAGGAAUUAAGGCCGUUUUCUGGGUUUAUUUCUGGCCGUGAAUCAAGCUGACGAGGCUCAGGGAGGAUUGUAAAGCAGCAGCAGCAGCCUAUCUACCAGGUUUAAAAGUCAAGUGUGUGAACUGUUGAGGCUACAGCUAGCUAAAAUGCUGAAGCUGUUGAGGCGAGACGUGCCGCUCUCAGAGAGGCUGGGGGAGGACUCUCCUCUGGCCGCGGCGCCCGGCCUCCCGCCAACGGCAGCCCCGAUGGGCCCCAACAUUUCAUGGCUCCCUGAAGCCCCACUGCUGACGCUGGACCAGCCUAUCUUCCUCAUGACUCCCGCAGCGCAGGCUGUGUCUGGCUUCUUCGUCUGGACCGCACUCAUCCUCACCUGUCACCAGAUCUACAUGCACCUACGUUUCUACAGCCGGCCGAGGGAGCAGCGCCACAUCGUGCGGAUCCUCUUCAUCGUUCCCAUCUACGCCUUCGACUCUUGGCUCAGCCUCCUCUUCUUCACCAACGACCAGUACUACGUGUACUUCGACACCGUCAGGGACUGCUAUGAGGCGUUCGUAAUUUACAACUUCCUGAGUCUGUGCUAUGAAUACCUGGGAGGAGAGAGCGCCAUCAUGGCUGAGAUCAGAGGGAAACCCAUCGAGUCCAGCUGUAUGUACGGCACCUGCUGUCUACGGGGGAAGGCCUACUCCAUCGGCUUCCUGCGCUUCUGUAAGCAGGCCACUCUGCAGUUCUGUGUGGUCAAACCGCUCAUGGCCAUCAUCACCGUCAUCCUGCAGGCCUACGGCAAAUACAAGGAUGGAGACUUCAAUGUCGCCGGCGGUUACCUGUACGUGACCAUCAUCUACAACAUCUCCGUCAGCUUGUCUCUGUACGCCCUCUUCCUCUUUUACUUCUCCACCAAGGAGCUGCUUAGCCCUUACAGCCCCAUGCUCAAGUUCCUCAUGGUCAAGUCCGUCAUCUUCCUCUCCUUCUGGCAGGGCAUGUUGCUCGCCAUCCUGGAGAAGUGCGGCGCCAUACCCCAGAUUAACUCGGUGGAGGUGUCCGUCGGCGAGGGGACGGUCGCCGCCGGUUACCAGAACUUCAUCAUUUGCAUCGAGAUGUUCUUCGCAUCGCUGGCUCUGCGCCACGCUUUCACAUACACACGCUACAUGGACAAGAGUCUGGAUUCACAAGGACCAGUUCCUACAUAUGGAGAGUUUGGUCGCUGCGCCCCCAUGAAGAGCAUCUCCAGCAGCCUGAAGGAGACCAUGAACCCGGGCGACAUGGUCCAGGACGCCAUCCACAACUUCUCCCCUGCCUACCAGCAGUACACCCAGCAGUCCACGCUGGAGCAGGGGGCGCCGCCGCCGCCUGUCUCCCGCACCCACAGCACCAUCAGCGGCCGCGGCGACACGGAGAAGACCCUCCUGCUCAGCUCCGACGACGAAUUCUAGAGCAACGUUUACAGCUGAAUCAGAUUCAGACUGUUUUAACGGCGGAUGGUACUUCAUCCUCCUGUGCAGCUUCAACGUGUGAAUGAUUAGAGAGGUGCGUGUUUGAUUUUCCCGUUUUUUGAGACUGGUCAUGGAUUCGAGGACCUUCCAAGCAUAAACAUUUCCGCACCCACAUCUCCCCGUGCGUCUUAUUUGGUGGGAACACUUUAAACAGAUUUGGCGUUAAAACCGUCGGCCAGAAAACAAGAAGGGUUGUGUUUGGAAAGUUUAUGAGUCACACUCUUUACACACUGAAUCAUACUUGACUUUUGGAAUGAAAGUUUUCUGGCUUUUAUAGAAGCUUAAUUUCACAUUUCAGCUCAGUCAUGUCAUCGUCCUUAAGGAUGUUUUUUUUUAGUUCUGAACCUGUAUUGGUUUGUUUUCAGAUAGUUAUCGGCUGUUUAUCGAGCCAUGAAAAUCCUUUAAAAGUUGAAUUUUUAUAUUUUUUUUUCCAUGACUGGAAAUAGAAAAAUAUUAUUAAAGUUUUAUAAAAGUU